UGUCAGGGGGUUUGAAGAGAAAGCCGGCGGCGGAGGUCGGCUGGUGAUGGCAGCGGCGCGGCGCGAGCCUGGCGCAGUGCGCACGCGGCGGUGAAAGGCGCCAUGUCGAUACUACACGCAGUUAACGGUGCGCGGGCCGCAAACGCCAUGGCCGGUCUACCAUCCAUGCGAAUAUUACUCAUUUGUGCUAUCCUAAUAAACGGAAGCUUUCAGCAGAAAGAAAAGGAGAAGGAAGAGGACUUUGUUUGUCCUGAAGGUACGCAAGGAAACGGGAAUUUUGCAGACCCAGCAACAUGCAGGCGAUUCUAUCAAUGCGUCGAUGGAUACCCUUAUUUAAAUAGAUGCCCCUCUGGAUUGUAUUUUGACGACAUUAGCAAAUAUUGUACGUUUAAAGUUGAAGCCAGAUGCGGCCCUAUUGCUACGACGCCUGCGCCGAUAACGGAGACUCCGUUGGAUCUGGCAACGAAAUGCGACACCGGCGCUUGCCAGUUACCUUACUGCUUCUGUUCCAAAGAUGGCACCCUCAUCCCCGGCGGUCUUGACCCAGAAGACACACCCCAAAUGAUAAUGUUGACAUUCGACGGUGCUGUCAACUUGAACAACUACGAGAUGUACAAGAAAGUGUUCAAUGGGAAAAUUAAAAACCCGAACGGCUGCGCUAUUAGAGGCACGUUCUUCCUGUCACACGAAUACAGUAAUUACGUAAUGGUGCAAUCUCUCGCGCACGCCGGUCAUGAGAUAGCAACAGGCACGGUGUCCCAGCAACAAGGUCUCCAAGACAAGGGCUAUGAAGAAUGGGCUGGGGAGAUGAUUGGUAUGCGAGAGAUUCUCGGCAAGUUCGCCAACGUCUCCCGCUCCGAGAUCGUCGGUACUAGGGCACCAUUCUUGAAGCCUGGAAGAAACACACAAUUUAAGGUGUUGGAGGACUUCGGCUACAUCUACGACAGUUCGGUGGGCGUGCCCCCGCUCCCGAUCCCCGUGUGGCCGUACACGCUUGACUUUAAGAUCGCGCACGAGUGCAAGUCCGGCACUUGUCCUACAAAGUCGUUCCCAGGUCUGUGGGAGGUGCCGUUCAACGCUCACUACGUGGAAACGUACGAAGGAGGGCACUGCCCCUAUCUCGAUCAGUGCGUCCUACAUAAUCACGAUUCGGAUGAGGUGUUCGAAUGGCUGCAAGAAGACUUCUUGAGGUACUACGAGCAGAACCGCGCGCCCUACAUGAUGCCGUUCCACACCAACUGGUUCCAGAUCAAGGAGUUGGAGCGAGGACUGCACAAGUUCCUCCAGUGGGCGUCUGAACAGGACGAUGUCUGGUUUGUGACAGUGACACAAGCCUUAACCUGGAUGACGGACCCUCGGUCAGUAAAGUCGCUGAACAACUUCGAAGCCUGGAAAUGUGACCGCAAGGACUUGCCAGCAGCUCCUUGCAACCUUCCGAACAAGUGCGCUCUGUCCUUCAAGCACCCUGAGAGCAACUUCACCGAUACGAGAUACAUGGAGACUUGUACUGAAUGUCCUAACCAAUACCCAUGGCUGGGUGACUCCGGUGGGACAGGCAUCGCUGGAAAAGACAACUAUAUACCUGACAAUUUGAAGAGGAAGUAGAGAUAUACGAGUAGUCCUUCUACUGUAUUAUGGUCUAUUCAGUGUAUCUCGUGGAAUAAUAAGUCCGAAAUUUCGUUAGCAAUUCUCCCCGAGUUACCCUUUAGAUCGAAUUCUCGGUUUGACGUUCAAUAUGCACGCUGACAUGUUAGUAGGUUACCGUACGUUACGUUUCACAGUAUUCUGGUUUGUAUGCAAAGUUGCUUUAGUUUCAAGAAAAGAGUCCGGAAUAGUCUUUGUUUUGUUCGCAGUUGGUAACUUUAUUUGUAAGCGUAUGUCUACAUUAGUAUUGAAGUUUUUUUACUGAUGUCAUUGCAUGACCCUAAAGUACUUUAAGAAAAAAAAAUACAGUGUAAAUUGAAGAUUUAAAGUAACUUUGAAUUUAAUUUCAGCCAAUAGCUAGACUCCAAGUUGGUCUCAAUGUGGCUUUAGAUAUCCCACGACGGUUCCGGCUUCUCGAAAUUUCCUGAAUAGACCAUUAUACAAACAUUUUGUAUAUAUUUCGUUUUGUAAGUAAUUAAGGUAUAGUGACUAGUCGUCGCAAUUUAUUAUAAUUAUGAUUUGAGACGUCUUUCUUUUACUUUGGAACGAGACAACUCGAACAAUUUAUUUAAUGUUUUAUAAGAUUUAAAUUCGUUUAAUGAUUUAAUAAACAGUUGCCAUUAAUUUUACCAAAAUGUUUCUUGCAACAAGGACUUUAAAGAAGACAGUGCUUGUACUAUGAGUUUAGAUAGAAAUACUUGUCGCAGUGAGACGCAGCUAUGUGCAGUGUAGAGCGCUAUCUCUUUCUUACAGCGGUGUUUGUCCGUCUUUUAAAGCUUAUGGCACAGGUUUUAUUAGAUAAACUUCAAUAUGUAAUCGCUUUUGUUUUCAGAUGAUAAAGCGUUCUUAGUUAUAUAAUACUCAGGCUUUUUUGAAAGCCUUGAUAUUGUUAAAUGAUUACCUCGUCAUACUCAAUAUACCUACUCAUAGCAAAGUUAUGCGUUAUUAUAAAUAUGUAUUUCAUCAAUUCUGGUGUUUUGUAAUAAAUGUGUCGAAAAACUGUUUUCAUUGUUAACGAAUAAAUAUAUUUUUA